CAAAACAUGAUUAUUUCAGGCUAGGGGCUAGGGCUGUUGUCAGGCAAAAAAAAAUCCGGCGUCGCGCGCCUGCGGCCCGGCCGAACCAGAGCUCCAGCCUCCUUCCACCGUGCCCUCCUUGUCGUUCUCCUCCUUCUCUUGCCCCCUCUACUGGUAUUCGAUUGGCGUGGACGCCGUCGAGCUCCGGACUCGGGAUUGAUUUUCGUCUACUGAAGGUGCACCGUCGUGUUAGUAUUGUAUUGGACAGAGGAGAUUAGGCCUAAGGAUGGGGGCUCCAAAACAGAGGUGGACUUCCGAGGAAGAGGCUGCUCUUAGAGCUGGAAUAGCAAGGCAUGGAGUUGGAAAAUGGCGCACAAUAUUGAAAGAUCCAGAAUUUAGUUCCAUCUUGUGCUAUCGCUCAAAUGUUGACCUAAAGGACAAGUGGCGCAAUAUGAAUGUAGUUGUCAGUGCAUCGGGUUCCCGUGACAAGGGAAAGACUGCUGUGAAGAAAACCCGAUCUACUCCUAAGAAUAAUGAUCACACCAUGCCAAUAAGCACAGUUACUUCUGAUAUUGACGAUGAUGUUAUUGAUGAAAAGCCUAUAGCAUCAGUGUCUAGUGAAGCAGGGAAUACAUCAAAUCCAAAGAAAUCUCACUCAAGGCUAGACAAUAUUAUAAUGGAGGCUAUAAAGAACUUGAAUGAGCCUACGGGGUCACACAGAACUACUAUUGCUAAUUACAUAGAGGAGCAAUAUUGGCCACCUAGUGAUUUUGAUCACUUAUUGUCUGCAAAACUGAAGGACUUAGCCACCAGUGGGAAAUUGAUAAAGGUGAAUCGUAAGUACAGGAUAGCGCCUAGUUCACCGUACUCAGAGGGUCGAAGCCCCAAAAUGCUGCUGUUGGAAGAUGUGCAAAGAGAGCCCUUCAAAGUAGGGAGUGAUGAUAGUAAAACCCUUACAAGAUCUCAAGUUGAUGCUGAAUUGGCACGUAUGACAACCAUGACUGCUGAAGAAGCUGCAGCAGCUGCCGCUCGUGCAGUUGCAGAGGCAGAGGCUAUCAUGGCAGAAGCUGAAGCAGCAGCGAGAGAAGCAGAGGUUGCAGAAGCUGAUGCCCAAGCUGCACAAGCCUUUGCUGAAGCAGCAUUUUUGACAUUGAGGAACAGAAAUGCUACAAAAUUGAUGGCCCAAGCUUGAUGCUACCUGGAGCUGUUCCGGUCCAGGUCCAGCGUUGCCACAGAUGCCAGCUACUACCUAUGUACAUGUUUACUGUUGUUACUGUUGUUCAACUAAACGUAGCUGUCCCGGUAGUUGUAUCAACUUAUGUUACCCAUGUGAGCCCCAGGGCACCAGCAACAACAACAGCAGCUUUGUGUUUCCCCUUGCAACACCAUUUUCACAACUCAGUGGCAUGUCCUGGCCCCUCCAUUGUCUUGAACAUGCCAAUCUCUUUGUCAAUGUCAAACUGUCAAUUGUUCGUCGA